AUGGGCCUCUAUAUUGUUCUUUACUACGUCAAACUCUUCGCCCUUGAUCACAAUAUUACACCAGAGAUAUCCGAGUACCUACUUAUCAUCAUCAAUCUGUCUGCUCUCCCCGGUCGUCUCAUCCCCGGAUACUUUGCUGAUAGAAUCGGUUCCAUCAAUGUUCAAUUUUCUGUUGCGCUCCUCAGCAUGAUUCUCACAUUCUGCUUGAUGACAAUCCGAUCGGCAGUAUCCUUAGUCGUCUUUGCCAUACUAUUUGGCUUCUCCACCGGUGCCUUUAUGGGCUUGCCUGCUGCUGGCGUUGUGAACCUCUCCGCCGAUAAGAGCAAAAUCGGGACACGACUGGGCAUAACCCUGGCGUUUGUUGGGAUAGGCGUUUUAGUAGAUAACCCUAUCGCAGGUACCAUCCUUGGGGCAAACAAGAAUUGGGUCGGGUUAACUUCAUGGUGUGGUACUCUGCUUGCGGCGUCCUCGGUCAGCAUGGCUGCAUGUCGCAUAUCCAAAGAGUGA